AUGCAGGUUGAAGAGCAAUUUAAAGAGGAUACAAGCGGCAUUGCACAUAGUCCCUAUUAUGGUUGUACUGUACGAGUUGUAUCGAAAGCUCGUAUUUCCUAUGAAGGUGUACUAGAUGGUAUUAGUGCCAAUAAAGAUCGUAUCUAUCUUAAAAAUGUUCGUGUCAACGCAAACAUCACAGCAUCUCCAAAUCGAAAUAGUGUUUUGAAUGAUCUCAAUAAAAGCAGUGCAAGUGAUACAUUGAAUGCUGUUAUGAUUGAUCAUUUAACAAAUGAUAUACAUAUAUAUGAGCAGGUGUGUUUAAAUGUACGUGAUAUUCAAGAAUUAAGAUUGAUAGAACUUCCUUCAACGUUUAAUGAAUCAAAAGUAAAAUUACGAGCUAUUGAUCCAUGUCUUGUUGACAUUCGCUUAUCAUCAUCGGAUGAAUAUGAAACAAAAUCUAAUACUUCAAGUAAUGAUUAUCCACUGCGUGCACCUAUAGGACGUCAAACUCGUGGUGAAUCAUUCGGUAGCAAUGGGGAUAGUGCAAUAAUAUCAUCAAGUUCAAAUGAAUCGUCAUCUUCGUUUUGCAUCCGUUCAGUUGACAGACUUGCUGAUGAAAGCAACGAUGAAUCCAUCGAUGAACAAAUAGAAAAAUUUAAUCAAUUAACAACAUCAAGUUUUCGCUCAAAACCAGUUACAUUACUUGCUAAAAAAGUUCUACCAAAAAAAAUCGAACGACGUACAGAUGUACAAUCAACAUCAUCAUCCAUGGCUACAAAUAUUAAUAAUAAUAUUCGUCAGACUAUUUCCGAUAAUCAUGAUAUGAUCAAUGGACAAACACGAGUUAAUCAUCUAAAUACAUUGAACAAAGGACCGACAAUUAGUGACAAUCGAAAUGCAUCACCUAUACGUGUAACAAUUACAAGUAAGCUAAAUCCAAAUGCUGCACCAUUUUUUACUGAACAACGAAAUUUACCUACAACACACAAUCCAUCAAUUACAUUUUAUGAACGAACUCGUUUUAAACCACGUUUACAAUCGGUGGCAUCACCUGAUCAUUCUCAAUCAGUACCCUACGGAAUAAAUGGCAUGGACAACAAUCAUAUUAAUCAACAACAGUAUCAACAGAACUAUCCCCAUACAAAUCAACGAUAUGUUCCACCAAGACAAAUGACAAAUAAAAAAAAUUACAACCAAACAAAUCAAUCAAGAACAAAGGCAAGACCUAUACGAACACCACCACCUAUGGCGAAAUAUCGUAUUCAUUCAUCAGGAUCUUUAGACAAACGAAAUUUUUCUCAACAACAAUACAAUGGCAAAACAAAAAAUGAUGUUCCACUCGAACAACUCUCGCGUCAAACAUCAAAUAAAUCAUUAACAACACCCUCAACACAUGAAAGACUUUCCAUGUCACGUAAUAAUCCGACACGUCGAUCAACAGCUAGUAUUCGUUCAACAAUAAGUUUACCCUAUCAAUAUGGAAAUACAGGGGAUCGUAAUCAAAUGAAUACACCACUAUCAUUCAAAGAAUCCGCAGGUUCAUAUCGUAGUCAACGUACUUUUUCAUGUGCAAGCAGUUGUAGUAGUGCAAGUCUCGAUGUCGGUCAUCAUUCAAUUGUUCAAAUCGAUUCAUCAUCAAAUCCAUUGACGCUAUUCGAGGGACAAUAUGAUUUUGAAAAAGCUAAUGAAGAAUUUCGUCGAUAUCUUGAACUCGAAGAAUUAGUUAUUCGUCGUAAUUCACCUAACAGUUCAAAUGGAUCAGGUCCCGAUGAUCCGACAACAGAAAAACAGCCAAAAACACGACCAAAUUCAUACAAGAAAGAACUCUCAUUUUUUGAUCGUAUUUCAUGCACAGCAACAACUGGCACAGCAGUAGGUUAUACAGAAAUGGACGAGACUGAAAAGAAUCUUGAAACAUUUGGCGAUGAUGCUCUCUUAAUGUCUUCAAGUCUCAAUGAUAAUGAAUGGACAAUAUGA